AUGACGGUCGAUCCAGAAACACUUUUCAACGACUUGGCAGCAGGUUACGAAGUUGCUUUUGCCAACAAUCCCACACUUCGCACAUUUGUGCAUCGAAUUGUCACGGUACUGCCCCCCAAAAGCCAACUCCUAGAUAUUGGGUGCGGCACCGGAAAGCCAGUGGCGGAGAUCCUGGCAGGGGCAGGACACGAUGUUCAUGGAAUUGAUAUCUCCGCUGCUAUGGUGAAGAUCGCCCAAUCUCAAGUCCCAGGCACUUAUGAAGUAGCCGAUAUGAAGACUUUCAGCCCCCCUAAGCUCUAUGAUGGAGCAUGUGCUAUUCUCUCCUUAUUCCAGCUCACGCCCGGCGAGCUAUACUCCCUGGUCUUCAAGUUCUCCGAGUGGAUUAAAGUCGGCGGUUACUUGGCCAUUGGAGUGACUCCCAGCACCAGUUUGCAAACAGAGAAGUGCUCGUACGAUCCCACAUGGGAUUGCGUAAGGGUCAUUGGGAAGCUGUGGAUGGGUAACUACACCAAUGAGUUGUUUUAUUCGGAAGACGGAUGGUGUCGACUGCUUCAAAGCGCUGGAUUUGUGAUUGAAUCCGAGCCCGUCAACGAUCUCUUCUGUCCGGCUGGUCCACAGUAUACGGACCCAGAAGCUCAUUACUAUGUACUCGCGCGAAGGGUCGAGGCUGAGCCGCUGCUAGGGCCAUAUCCACUACCCGUGGUCCUGACGCCCACUAGCCUCAUCAGCAACAUGAAUGUUUUUACCGAUCGUCUGGUCAGCAAAGAUCUCGAAGCACUAUUCGAAGGACUGAUAGAUGGGCAGAAACUGCUUGCUCUUGGACAAGCAAAUGAUCUUAGCUGCUAUAAAAGGCUCGGAAACAUCCAGGUCUUCUCAGGACCCACCGAAAGCCUCCCAUUUUCGGUGGAAAUAUUCAAUGCUGUCUUAGCCCCCUGGAGAUUUGAUAGCACCGCAGGACUGGACAAGGCCAUCCAGGAGAUUGUGCGUGUGACGAAUCGACGUGAUUCCCAGAUUAUGAUUCUCCAAGGAGCACCCGGUAAUGAGGCAGUGAUGCACCUGAACGCCGUGGCACGCUCCCAUCGAAUCAGUCACCAAGGCUACAUCCUGAAGAUCGCAGCACAGCGUUUAGAAAAACACGGGUUUGGUGAUAUCUCCUUACGUCGAAUUCGCGCACACUACGAAUUUCCCGAGAAAGAUCUUGCCACGCGAUGCACGGUUGCUGCGGAGUUACUGGCAGAUAUUUGGCAUAAAAAGCAUCCCCAUUAUGACUUGAUCAAGAAAACUCUUGCUUCUCGAUUGAGACUUCAUUUCCAAAGCCAUGCUAAUUCUGUGGGAAAUGAGAUGGUCCUUUUGGUUGCUAAACCCUCCAGCUAA